CUUGUUAAGCACGCGAAGACCGCUCUUGCGUGCUAGCCAGUGAUCACACACACACAUACACACACAAACAGCGUCUUCUCGUCGUCAGACUUCGGGGUCCUCAAGGAUGCUGAUGAAGAUAUGCCUCCUGCUGACACUUCUGCUGGGGGUAGCGUCAGCACAGGUGGUCACUGAUAGAACAGAAUGCCGUGUUUGCGGCGCCGGGUGCCAGUCGGUGCCCCGCUCGGAUAGCUCGUGCCCGAUUUGCAUCUGCAACGGCGUGGCGCUUCCUGACUGCCCUUUGCAAGGCCUUUGUCCCCCGGGGUGUAGGGAUGGCCGAGACAGUGACGGAUGCCGCCGCUGUGACUGCCAGCGCCCCGAUACCCAGGUGUGCCCCGCCCUCCCUCCGUGUCCCGAGGAGUGCCAGAGGAUUCAGGGCGUCGACGGGUGCCCGACUUGCGUCUGCGGAGACGAAGGGACCCGCGUGUGCCCUGCCGUGGCGUGCCCGAGGGACUGCUCCUUGGAGAUCGGCGAGGACGGGUGCCAGAGGUGCCAGUGCGAGCGUCCCGGGUUCUGCCCCGCCCUGCGUCCCUGCCUGAGGGGCUGCAUCGAGAGGGACGUCGAGGCCGACUGCUUCUCUUGCAACUGCUCGCUGCCUGACGAAGGCGCCUUCCCUGUUGGUGAAGGCCCCUUUGGCCGGCCGGAGCCCUUUGGCCCGGAACCUUUCGGUCCUGGCCUCUUGGGUCCAGGACCUCUAAACCCCUUGGGGCCCCUUGGAGGGAGGAGGCCCUUCGACAACCCUUUCGACAGGCCUUUCGGCAGUCCCUUCGGCAGGCGUCCCCCCUUCCUGGGUGGGCCCUCUAGGCCAUUCCCCCGGUGCCCCAACCAGCCUCGCCGCUGCCCCCGCGGCUGUCGCAUGUCCAUUACCGCCGAGGGCUGCCGCCAGUGCAUGUGCGGCGAUGAUGCCUUCCUGUGCCCUGGCGUCCCGAGGUGUCGGAACCGGUGCCUCUUCCUCAGCCCCGAAGACCGCUGCUGCCGCUGCGAGUGCCCGAACCAGCGCCCCCGCGGCCGCCCCAGCGUCCGGAUCGAACCCUUGAUCGGGUCCCUCGGUCCCUUCAGGCCCAAUGUGCUCAGGAUUGGCAUUCUGAGGCUAGAGCCCUCGGGAGCGCCCGGGAACGUGGCUCCAGGAGACGUCGAGGUCAUAGGUCGUGACCCCACGCCGCCAUUUGCCGAGCGACCUGUGCAGCCAGCAAGAGCUCCCAGGCAACCAGCUGGAACUCCCAGGCAACCAUCUGAAGCUCCUAGGCAACCAGCUGGAGCUCCUAGGCAACCAGCUGAAGCUCCUAGGCAACCAGCUGGAGCUCCCGUGCAGCCAUCUGAGGAACCCACACAACGAGAUCGAUUUCCAACUCGGCCAGAAGCAAAUCAGCCCGACGAAGCUCCAGAGCAGCCGGCCGAACCCCCAGCUCCAGCUCCACCAGCUGAAGGUCCCAUGCAGCCUGAAACAGCUCCUGCAGAACCAGCUGAAGAUCCUAUGAGGCCAGACGCAGCUCAGACUCCACCAGCUGAGGAUCCCAUGCAGCCAGACGCAGCUCAGACUCCACCAGCUGAGGAACCCAUGCAACCAGAACCAGCUGAGGAUCCCAUGCAGCCAGACGCAGCUCAGACUCCACCAGCUGAGGAUCCCAUGCAGCCAGACGCAGCUCAGACUCCACCAGCUGAGGAACCCAUGCAACCAGAACCAGCUGAGGAUCCUAUGAUGCCAGACGCAGCUCAGGCUCCACCAGCUGAGGGACCUAUGCAACCAGAACCAGCUCCUGCAGAACCAGCUGAGCAACCCAACGAACCAGCUGAAUCUCCUUCCCAACCGGCCGAGGAGCCCACCCAACCAGCUGGAGAACAACCACCUAGAACCGCAAUAGACAGAUUUACCGGUCUGCGAAUACCAGUUGGAUAGAUCGUUGACGCAGACGCAGAAAUUCUUCGCUAAAAUGCAGAUCACAGCAAGCAACGACAGAAAGAAAAAUUAAAAAUAAAAAUCAAUUAAAAGAUGUAAUAAAAUCAUCAUUGGGGAUGUCCAACGAAACAUCAUUAAUAUAUUUAAUUAGAUUUUUUUUUUUUUUUUUGUAAUAUAUUAGAAGGGCGUUUUUAUACACUUGUUUCCGCGAUUGUUUAGCUAAUUUGCAAAUUAUAAUUAUUUCGUGUGUAAGCUUGGCAAUUUUUAUUGGUGAAUAAAUUUCCUUAAAUUC